CACACUGUCUUGUCUUCAAUCUUAAAUUAGUUCACUUGACAGAUAAAGAGAGAGCAAGAGGAAGGAGGGCUUCUGAAGGUCUUCUGGUUUUUUGCAUUUGCAUAUUCAACCUCUUCAAUGGGUACAAAUCGUGAAACACGGUCGAAAAAGACACCCGCUGUUUCGCUUCCUGAACCAACCCCAUUGUUUUCUCCAAGACCGGUUAGUGAGCUCGAAGCUGCAGCAACUGAACUUCAGAGAGUGUAUAAGGGUUACAGGACUAGGCGUAACCUUGCAGAUUGUGCUGUUGUGGUUGAGGAACUAUGGGAGAAGGCCCUAGUCUUUGCAGCUCUGGAACGAAGCUCAGUGUCCUUCUUCAACAUUGAGGAACAUGAAACUGCUGUGUCACGGUGGGAACGGACUAGGACAAGGGCUGCCAAGUUAGGGAAGGGUUGGUGCAAGGAUGAGAAGGCUCAGAUGCUAGCUUCACAGUACCUUCUUGAAGCUAUUGAUCCACGCCAUCGGUUCGGACUCAAUUUGCAACUCUAUUAUGAUGUCUGGUCUGAAUGCACGACUAUCCAACCUUUCUUCUACUGGUUGGAUGUUGGUGAUGGUAAAGACGUAAACCUCAAGGAUUGCCCAAGAAGUGUUCUAACCCUUCAGUGCAUCAAAUAUCUUGGACCAAAAGAGAGGGAGUCAUAUCAAGUGAUUGUGGAGAAUGGAAAGCUUGUGCACAGGCAAACUGGGAAGCUUGUUCACACAGUUGAACUUGGGUCCAAGUGGAUUUUUGCGCUAAGCGCAUCAAGGCCUUUGUAUGUUGGGCAGGAAAUAAAAGGUGUUUUCCAGCACUCCAGUUUUCUAUCUGGAGGGGCUGCAAGUGCAGCUGGAAGAUUGGUUGCCCACAAUGGGGUUCUUGAGGCCAUAUGGCUAUCCAGUGGUCACUAUCUCCCAACCAUACACAAUUUCAAGAAACUCAUUAGCUUCUUGGAGGAGCAACAAGUAGACCUCACCAAUGUCAAGCAGAUGUGUGCAAUAGAUGAUGACAAAGAAUCAUUCAUUGAUCCAACUGAUCAUCAACAUGAGAGUAUGGGGUCCAUAUCCAAUGCAACCAAUAGAGAAGCCCCUGUAUAUGACUUGUCCAAGCGUUUGUCUUGCAAGUGGUCUAUUUAGAGUGGUCCACGUAUUUAGUGUGUGAGGGACUACCCAGCCGGGCUAGGAUUGCGAACACUGGAACAAGUCAACUUGUCACCAAAGGUCAAACCGGGCUGCCAUGGAAGUAGUAGUCCAAAUCCAAUCCCUUCACCACGACCAGGCCCAAUAGUCAGGCUCAUACCUAGGCUUGCCUAUAACGGGACUCCCUAGCCCAAGGGAUACCUGGUGAUCCCACCCCCAAGACCCUUUUUCGUUUUUUUGUUGACGAGAUGGAUAUUCUAAAUGGGAAUGAGGUUUGAACAGAAUUUUCGAUGGGAUACCCUACCUUGACUAACUAGUCUAAUCCAUGUAUUCCUAGCCAAUUGCUGAAACACCCUUUUUGUGCACGACUUUAUGUAUUUGGAAUUAUGUUGUAGAUUCUUUAAAGCA